ACUCAGCGAUGGCAAGGGAUGUGCAUGGUCCAGAGUUUGAUCCGGCCACCGAGGACCUUGAUGGAGAAGUUGUUAUGAGGGUUGGAGGAGGUAAGCAUCAUGGGCGGUAUUGGCUUGCCGACGGCGCAAUUGACUCGUCCUCUACUCCUAGUCUAUCUCAGAUUAGAGCAAGAAGCACGAGUGCGAGCCCAGUCAUACGACCUCGGCAGGACACUUCACAGUACCGCAUACAGGCACUUCAGGCCCAAUUAGAAGAAGAGAGGAGGCUACGUGUGGAGAACGAGCAGAGGAUGAGGGACAUGUUUGCCUACAUGCAGACUCUUGGCGCCGCAGCGGGUGUAUCUCCACCACCUUCGUUGUUCGCUUCACCUCUGCGGCCUCCUGCUGAGUUUUCUACUCCUAAUCAAUCGACGGCCUCAAACUCCCCUUAUGUUUCUCCAAGUCAGCCGGGUUGGCGUCCUUCGUGAUGAUUUUUAUCACUUAUCUUAUUUCUGUGGACAUCUUAUGUUUUUGUGACAUCUCAACAUUAUGUAGACUAUAUUGUGAGACAUGUAUUUGUGAGAUC